UCCAGGACAACAGGCAACCUGGGCUCCUGGCUCUCGGUGCUUGGUGCAGCAGCAUGUACGCUGGCGAGGAUGGAGAAGUCUUCGUAGAGCUGGGGCACGUGGGUAAGGCGCUUUCUGUCUCCAAAGCCUCGCAGCCGGACAAGAGCAAAGCCGGAGGUUGGCCGGCAUGGUUCGGAGAGGCUCCUGUCAAAGUUGGCGACCUCGUGUGCGGCCUCUGUGGUAGAUGGUUGUAUCUCGUCACACAGAUCUAUGCUCCGACCCAUGUGGAGAGGUCACUGUGCCUCUUCGGGUGCAACCGGGCGGCGUGCUCCCAGCGACCCGAAGGGUGGCGGGCGAUACGCACACAAGCUCCACAGCCUGUCGAGCCCGCACAAGACGACAGCGACCCCACUGCCGUACCAACGGUGAGCGCUGUUGCAGGCACGACGAAUGUGGCACCACCGACGCUUCCGACUUCAACGCAGCCAGCAGCGCACGCGACGGAUCCAUGGGGAGCAAGCGACGUGUCGUGGGACGCCCCCACUUCCGACGGCGAUGGGUGGGGUGCCGAGACGAGCGAUUGGGGGGCGGGAGUUGACACCGAAGACGUUGGGGGUAUUGCAACGGCGGACAUCGAUGCCUUGCUCGACAAACAAGAGAAGAAGCAGUCGUCGACUUGCCUAGGAGACCGGGCAUCAGCAGCAGCAGCAGCAGCAGAAAAACCUUCAACGGGUGACGACACAUACAGCUCUUUAGCAGAGUUAGCACCUAACCACAGCAGUAUUGGCAGCGGCAGCCAACAGAAGAGCGCAGCGGAGAGUUCCAAAUCAGACAACGUCGCGGCAGAAGGCGGGGACUGGGGAGGGCGGCCUUGGUUCCCAGCAAAGACUGUCAGCUUUGUCCCCGAGCCGUGGGGAGCAGAAAGUUCCCGAGCAGACGACAAGGACAUGGAGAAUCGACUCCGGCGGUAUAGGGAGCAAGAGGAGGACCGCGGGCUUGUCGCGGCGCUUGAUCAUGCCCUUGGCCUGAUGGAUGCUGGGGGGCUCCGCAGUGAACACGGAGGAAAGGAGGGGAAAGGGGUGGCCAGUGUUGGGGAGAAGUAUGAGCGUACGCCUGCGAGGGCAAAGGCCGUCAUGCGGUUCGCCGAUCGGGUCGCCCGUUCCCCCCAGCAAGUAGUACGCUAUGCGUACGGAGGAGAACCCCUCUGGUCCGCUUCCGAUCCGCCUGGUGAAGAGAUACCCCCGUGUGCCUGCGGUGCCACCCGGGUGUUCGAGAUGCAGCUCAUGCCGGCCCUGUUGUUGCAGCUGCAAGUGAACGACCUCGCCGAACGAGAAACAGGAAGCCGAGAGGGGGGCAGUCCCGCUACUUUUUCUGGUCUUGAAUCAAAGAAGAUCUCCACGCUUUCGCAGGAAGCUGACGGCCAUGACAACAAAAACACUUUGAAGUCAAAAACUCCCUCGGCUGUGGCGGUUCAGCCGAAGGAUGCUGCAUUAACGCGGUCAACCGACGAGCACGGAGUCGCACCAGGAGAUGGAAGCGGAGCAAUGGCGGGGAUGGGUGUAAGUGGCGAAGAGGACGAAGGAAACGAAACCACGAUGAUGCCCACCCCCAGCGUCGAAGAGCGCGAGCGGUUGAGAACGCUGGGGAUGGAUUGGGGAGUGGUUGCGAUCUGGUCGUGCCCCAGAAGCUGCAGCGCUAGCUGCGAAGAGUGCGUAGUAGUGCAGUUGCCCGUCUGAUGAACACCGCUCGAUCUUGAUAUAGCAUGCAUCCCGCGCGCGCGUAGUUUGGUUCGUUUGCUUGCUGUGAGGGGGGGUCUAGUUUGUCGUUGAGACACAACAAACGGCGAAGUGCGUUUUGUCGGCUGAAGUCCAAGGAAAGCGGUCUCAAAAAUAAUAGUCUAAUGAUCUCUCCUGUGAUUCCAGGGGGGGUGUGUGCAACAAGUGUCGCGAGCAGAAAGAUUCGUGUACCUGACCUAUGCCGCGAAACACCACUUGUACGUACGGCAGAUGGCACCUUUGACGUUUCAAAUGGUAUAUGGAUAUUGCCAUCGUGUAUGCUUGUUUUGCCAAUCAAUGGUAAUUUUCAGUUCACAGGUUGAGAUGCUUUGUAGGAGCAGAUAUCACUGACGUAUUGCUGCGUAUGCCGUUUCCCUGUGAUUGUGAGUUUGUCUGGCCCUUGUCUUGUUAUUUGUGGCCCUCCGAUCCAUCAGUUUGUUGGUGGCCACGUGCACCCUGUUUGUAGUCGAAGGCUUUUGCACCAUUUCUGUUUGCUCUCAGCAUAGACCUCUCUCUUCAGUUGUUGUGAGCCUCGGAACCAUGCGCUCCGACUCUCCUCCUCGUCGAAAGGCAGUCAAG